GCAAUGAUGACAAUUUACGUAUAGACGUAAGUAAAUAUCAUUCCAUAUGAUUGACACAUUGGGUCUAGGACUACAUCAUUUAACCAAGGGCAGGUGAUUGCAUCCAGAGUGACUUUAUUGUUUUUUAUCCCUGGAUAUUGUUAUAUGUGUUCUGUGUAAUGAGUUUGUGUAUCCUGUUUUGAAGACUUAACAAUAACGUAUUAAUUAGAGCAGACUAAAGUUAUGAUCCCUAACUUGACUGACUUUGAGAAGUUCUGUGGCGACUCACCUUUCUGGAAUGAAUCUCUCCUCUUCGACGACACCUACCCACAUUUCACAGAAUGUUUCCGUCACGUGGCCAUCACCUGGAUACCCUGCUUGCUGUUCAUCGCUGCGACGCCCCUGUACCUGAUUUACCUCCUCAGAUACGACGAGUAUCCACCUCUGAAGCUGUCCGGCUUGCAUGUUUUAAAGAUGUUAUGCUCCGUCGUGUUACUGGCUAUCUCUGUGUCCAUUCUGAUUGUCAAAGGUACAGCUGAUGACCAGAGUUCCAUUCCCGAUGUGCUGUAUGUCUCUGAAGGGCUGAAGGCGGCAUGCUUUCUGAUAUCGUUGAUAUUGAUACGCCUGGAACACCGGAAGGGAGUGACCACAUCGCCAGUGUUAUGGACUUACUGGACAAUCAUGCUGAUUGUAGCCAUUGUGCCAUUCUAUAGCUACAUCAUUGAACACCUCCACGAAACGGAUGAGUUCAGUUUUAUCAUCUUCUACGUCUACUUCGGGGUUCUCACGCUGCAAGUCAUCUUGACAUCCGUGGUAGAGAAAAGGUCUGGAAACUACCUUGACCUUUCACAGAACACAAAUCCAAGUCCAGAAGUGAAUGCAUCAUUUCCAAACCAGCUCUCCUUCGGCUGGCUUAACAGUCUAAUCAUCCGAGGAUACAAGAAGACUCUGGCAGAAGAGGACAUCUACGACCUGGCACCGGAAGACACUUGUUCCGUUGUUAUCCCGCCGUUUGAGAAGGCCUGGGAAGCAGAGCAAGCGAGAGUAGAGGCCUUCAACAAGAAAAUAAGCCCUGAUUGGAGGCAACAAGCUCAAAAGUUUAAGCCUACGAAACCAACCAAUGAGAAGACUCCACUCAUCAAGGAGAAAUCUAGCAAAGCAGACGACAAAAAGAUGAAAGAUGCUCGCGCGCCGAAAUCGCCGUUCAAGUCUCCCUCUUUACUUCGUGUUCUGGUGAAAGUCUACGGGCCUGUUAUGUUAGCUGCCCAGAUUGUGAAAACACUAAUGGAUUUACUUCCCUUCGCAACACCGAAAAUCACAGAAGCGCUGCUUAGCUAUGUCGCCAUGAAAGAUGCGGAGCAAGUCUGGAAGGGUUAUGUCCUGGCCGGUGGUUACUUUGUCGUCCAGUUUAUUGUCUCCCUUGGCUCCAACCAGGCUCUCCUGGCCCUGCGACGCCUGGGCAUGAGAGUCAAGGCCGCUCUCAUAUCCGCUAUAUAUAAAAAGUCCCUGACCAUCACCAACAUUAACGACGAGACGACGGCAGGGGAGAUAGUCAACCUGAUGUCUGUGGACUCUCAGAAGAUCGAAGACGUCUUCAACUACAUGUACUUCAUGGUCUCCACACCUUUUCAGCUGGGCUUGUCUAUCUACAUGCUGUACGAGCAGCUCGGGGUGGCCGUGUUUGCUGGACUCGGGGUGAUGCUUGCGGCCGUCCCCUUCAACGGAGUCAUCGGCUACUUCCUCAGGAACUACCAGAUGCAGCAGAUGAAGCUGAAGGAUAAAAGAAUGAAGCUGAUGUCCGAAGUCCUAACCGGCAUCAAGGUUCUCAAACUGUACGCCUGGGAGAGUUCCUUCGAGCAAAAGGUGGAGGAAAUCAGAAAGGAGGAGUUGAGAGUCAUCAAGAAGUUUUCCUACGUCAUCGCUGCACUCAUCUUUAUGUUCAACACAAUACCGUACAUGGUCCAGCUGACUUCCUUUGGAGUGUACAUUGCCUUGUCGGACGAGGGCUACCUCAGUCCAACUACUGCUUUUGUUUCACUGCAACUAUUUAACAUGUUGAAUAUUCCUUUGACGUUUUUACCUAUGCUGAUUCCCAUGUUGGUCCAGGCAGGAGUGGCAGUUACCAGGCUAGCACGUUACCUGAACACUGACGACAUUAAACCUGACGUCAUCACCAGAGACCCAUCAGCCGAAAACGCCGUGGAAAUAGUUAACGGAGACUUCACGUGGGACAAGGAACAGCUAAUUCCCACACUCAGAGACAUCAACAUCGCCAUAAAACCCGGAAGUCUGGUAGCAGUCGUGGGAACAGUGGGUUGUGGGAAAUCCUCUCUGCUCACCGCCAUAUUGGGAGAAAUGGAAAAACUGAAGGGCAAGGUCACAAUAAAGAGUUCCAUAGCCUACGUGCCACAAGAAGCUUGGAUCCAGAAUGCAACACUGAAGGACAACAUUUUAUUUGGGGCGGACUUUCAACGCAGGCGAUAUGACAAAGUUGUCGAGGCAUGCGCACUUAAGGCAGAUUUAGAAAUCCUUCCGGGAGGGGACGCUACUGAAAUCGGAGAGAAGGGAAUCAACAUUUCCGGUGGUCAGAAACAGAGGGUUUCUCUAGCCAGGGCCGUGUACAGCAACAAUGACAUCUACCUACUGGAUGACCCACUCAGCGCCGUGGACAGCCAUGUCGGCAAACAUAUCUUUCAGAAAGUCAUUAGUCGUAGCGGGAUUCUUAAAGACAAGACCCGUAUUUUGGUGACUCAUGGCGUCCACUGGCUCCCUUCUGUAGACUCCAUCAUCGUCAUGUCCAACGGCGCCAUAAGCGAGUCGGGGAGCUACGACGAGCUGCUGGAGAAGAAUGGCGCCUUCGCCCAGUUUCUGAAAGAGUAUCUCCAGGAGGGCAUGAACUCUGACACGGAAGUGGAUACCGAUCCAGAAAUUGAAGCAAUGAAGAGGUCCGUUUUGCAGCGUGUGGAAUCGAUUACUGGCCGUAUCACGGACGGUUUCACUUCAGCAGACGAGAAAGAAAAAAGUCACGGUGGAUUAUCAAGCUCAGCUAGACAAAGGCGCCCGCGCCCCAGCGCAAAACAGGGCGUGAACACAGAUGCCAAGAGAAAGCCAAGAAAGAGAGAAAACUCCAUCAUGGAGUCGGCCACGCACCUACUUAGCGACGUGGAGUCAUCCCUGGCCUUGCACAAGUCUGGUAUCUACACUCCGGCUGCAGGAGAGAGGCUUAUCGAGGCUGAGGUCGGCGCCACAGGCAAGGUCAAGUUCACCAUCUACAUGCAUUACUUCCGGGCCAUUGGUAUGCCAUUUUUCCUGUUGGCCUUGCUGGUGUAUGGGAUGUUUUCAGCAGCAUCAGUAUUCUCUGGUAUCUGGCUCAGCAUGUGGACUGACGACGAGCUUCUGCUCAACACUUCAAGGUCAAGUGAGCCGGAGUACAAGGACAAACUGAACGUGUAUCUCGGAGUCUACGCCGCUAGCGGCAUAGGUCAAGGUGUGUUGAUUCUAAUAUUUGCAUUUCUGGCUGCAAUCAAGAUGACCGAGGCUGCUCAAAGCCUUCACCAGUAUCUGCUUGAGAAUGUGAUGAGGUCACCCAUGUCUUUCUUCGACACGACACCUGUCGGCAGGAUUGUGAACAGAUUUUCCAGGGACGUGGAGGUGAUAGACAACGCGUUGCCUGGCACUAUGAGGCAGGCCCUGAACUGUAUUGGUCGAGUUCUGACUGCCAUAGUUACAAUCUCGUACGGGACUCCAAUCUUCCUAAGUGUUAUGGUUCCAAUCUCCAUCCUGUACAUUCUCAUACAGAUAGCGUAUAUUCCAACUUGCAGACAACUUCGGCGCCUCGACUCCAUCACACGCUCUCCCAUCUACACCCACUUCUCAGAGACCCUCAGCGGCACGGCCUCGAUACGGGCCUACGGGGUCCAGUCGAGGUUCGCGCGUGAGUCGAGGUCAAGAGUGGACCACAACUUUAAGUUCUACUUCGCCGGCAUCGCCUCCAGCACGUGGCUCAGUUUUCGGCUUCAGUUGCUGGGCAAUCUUGUUGUUUUAGCGGCGGCUAUAUUCGCCGUGGCCAGCACAGACAUUGACACUGGCAUUGUUGGUCUGUCAGUGUCAUAUGCCACUCAGAUGACAGGUGCCUUUGAGUUUUUGGUGACCAUGAUGAGUGAGGUGGAGACUAACAUAGUGUCCGUGGAGAGGGUCAAGGAAUACACGGAGACACCGAGAGAGGCUGAAUGGGUACUUCCGGGUCAAAGACCCAAGUCCGACUGGCCUCACACUGGACAUGUAGAGUUUGACAAAUACCAGACGAGGUACCGAGAGGGCCUUGAACUUGUACUCAAAGAUAUCUCUUGCAAAAUUCGUGGGGGUGAAAAGAUCGGCAUAGUUGGCAGAACAGGAGCAGGCAAAUCUUCCAUGACAGUAGCAUUAUUCCGCAUCAUAGAGGCGGCCGGUGGGAAGAUAUUCAUAGAUGGACUGGACGUAUCGCAAAUGGGGCUGCACGACUUAAGAAGUCGAUUGACCAUCUUACCUCAAGACCCUGUGAUAUUCUCUGGGACUCUCCGGAUGAACCUUGACCCCUUCAGCAGACAUGGAGACACCGAGAUCUGGGAAGCCUUGGAGCACGCCUAUCUGAAGCACUUCGUUGAAAGCCUUCCCCAAGGUUUGGAUUACGAGUGUGGCGAAGGGGGAAGUAACCUCAGUGUCGGGCAGCGACAGCUCCUGUGUCUGGCCAGGACGCUGCUGAGAAAGACCAAAAUCUUGGUCCUGGACGAGGCGACGGCGGCAGUGGAUUUCGAGACGGACGAGCUGAUUCAGAAGACCAUCCGGUCAGAGUUCAAGGACAGCACAGUGCUGACCAUCGCCCACAGACUCAACACCAUCCUAGACUACGACAGAGUAAUGGUAUUAGAUCAAGGUUACAUCAAAGAGUUCAACUCGCCAAACAUCUUGCUCAGCGACAAGACUUCUGUCUUCCACGGAAUGGCCAAGGACGCUGGACUUGUUUAGCCGUGGCUUCACGAGCUUGCGCGGGUUUCCCGCUUUGACUGACAGCAGCUUGACAUUUGACCGCGGGAAGACUUGGAGCCCAGAAAUACUUGCAAUGUUUUACAACUAUGAACAGAGAGAGAGAGAGAGAAAGAAAGAGAGAGAGAGAGAGAAAGAGAACAUAUUGUACAUAAAUAUUGUCAAGUCUGCAGCAAUUUUAACGUUUGAAUUACUUCGCUUUAGGGACAAAAUGUUUUAACUAUAUUAGAUAAUAGGACAAUAAUAUUUCCUUAAUAAAUGAAACAAUUGUCUAAUUAGAAUGCAUGUAAUUAUUGAUAUGGUACAGUGUUUCCCAAACUUUUUCUUUAAUGGACGAAACUCUUCACACAUUCGGAGAAUUUACCGGAACACUUUUGCUUAUUUCUUGGGUAUGAUUAUUUCCCUUUUUGUUCAAAUUAAAAAUAAAAAUAAUUAAAUUUAUUCUGAAUUUAGCAUUAUUAUUUAUUUUCAAGUAUAAAAUUAUAAUAAAAUACAAACAUAAGAAAAAUUUAAGGAUUUACCACUUUGAUGGUAUUAAGACUCCGAAGAGCAAAACUUCAUGAUAAAGAGAAUGAUAUUGGUAAGCUGAAUUCUAAUAGCUGGUGUGGCGUCCAGCCUGUUAAUGUAUCUUGGUAGAAAAUCCUGCUUCGCACAAAUAGAUAGUAGAAAAAUAAAAUAAAAUAACAAGUAGUUUGUUUUAACUCUUUGUCUCCUAACUGACGAUACCAACGUUGAUUCCACCAGAAUGUGGUAAAUAAUUACGGAGAGAAAGAGUUAAAAUAUUUUAGUACUCUUCAGACAAACUCGGCCAAAGAUUAGUAAAUCUUUGUAUCUUUGUUUCAAAUAAAAAUCAAAUCUAGAGCAGCUUAAAAUUCAUAAUGAUGAUGUUGAGAUUAUUUUUCUUUGCUGAGACGCGCUAAUAUCCAUUUUUCUGUUCUGCAUUAACUGUGGACAUUAAUUCACGCACAGGCGUACUACUUAAUCUCUUAAAUUGUCGCGAAACGCCUUUCGCAACUCGGGAAACUCUCGUGUUCCGCGCAACACAGUUUGGGAAACACUGCUAUAGUCAAUAGUGUGGGAGUAGCUUCUGUUUCUUAAAGGGUUCUCAAUUUUUGCUAUCUACAGAGAAUAUUAUAAUGUCUUUGUUUAAGUCCAAGAAGCUUUCGUUUGUUAAAAAAGAGGGGAGGGGGCUCAAUUCUGCUAUCUACUGAAGAUAUUUAAUGUCUUUGUAUUUGUCCAAAAAUACACGUAUAAUUAAAUGACUAUGAUGUAUGAUUGGUCUUAUUUUUUUUAUUUUGUUAUCAUUGAUUCAAAUUUUCUUAGAUUAUAGAUUUUAAUUAAAGUAACAAUUUUAUUU